AUGUGUAUGCUUAAACAGUGGAAGAAAGUUUUUCAAACUAAAGUCAGUGGAUCCAUUACACCUGCUGUUGGAAUGUAUUUUAAAUCAUUUGAUGAUGCUUUUGCGUUUUAUCAGAGAUAUGCACUUGCUGCAGGUUUUUCUGCAAGAAAAAAUACCUCUUGGAAAAAUGUUGGUGGUUUAGUCAAAAUAAAAUAUAUUGUCUGCUCAAAAGAAGGAUUUCAUGUUAGCAAAGAAAUAGAUUCUGGUUCAGUUGAUGAGAAUAGUAAAAAGAUUGUUAGACGUAAUAGAGGUUUAAAAAGAGUUGGAUGCAAUGCUCAUGUGAAAUUAAUAUUAGAGAACAAUAAUAUGUUUAAAAUCUACUACUUUGAAGAACAAUAUAAUCAUAUCUUUGUUGAAGAUGAAGAUAUUCAUUUCUUGCCGGCUGCCAGAAGUAUUGAUUAUGUUAAAGAGAGUUUUAUAUCUGGAUUGUCUGCAAUCAAUAUUGGACCUGUUAAAGCAUUCAAUAUUAUGAAAACAAUGUAUGGUGGUUUUGGUGAAAUUGGUACUAGUAAAGUUGAUUGUAAGAACUAUAGAAGGGAUUUGAAUCUUUACAUAGGAGAGUAUGCUGCAGAAAUGGUAGUUAGGCGUCUUAUUAGGAAGAAAGAAUGUUGUCCUGGUUUCACAUGUGAUUAUGUUAUUGGUGAAGAUAGAAGAUUGAAAGGACUUUUCUGGGCUGAUGAGCAAUCAAAAACAAAUUAUACAGUGUUUGGUGACAUAGUUGGUUUUGAUGCUACUUAUAAAUCAAACAAAUAUGAUUUGGCAUCUUCAAUUGCAGUUUGA